AUGGACAAGUGCGAUUAUUCUGAUGUUAAGAGAAUACCAAUCGAAUCUGGAUUGGAAAAUGAACUAUGUGCCAUCCUAUACACAGACCAAUACAAGGAACUCGUAUCAUUAUUCGUUGCAUUAUUACAACAAAAUGAAUUAUCUGAAAGAGCAAUGGCAGUAACUGCCGCGGUGAUUGAGACUGUACCAGCGUUAUACACCGCAUGGAACUACAGAUUCGAGAUUUGCAUGUCCUUGUUCCGGAAAGAAGAUGUAUCCGCAUGGGAGAAAGAAUUGGAUUGGCUCGAUGAGUUCACCUUAAAUAACCCGAAAAACUACCAGAUUUGGUCGUACAGACAAGCGCUACUCUCAGAACAUCCAUCCCCCAAAUUAGUGCGAGACCUUCCUAUACUAGACGUGAUGAUCGAUGACGAUACAAAAAAUUACCAUGUAUGGUCGUACCGCAAAUGGUCCGUCCAAUUCUUCAAAGAUUGGUCCCAUGAACUCGACUUUGUGAACAAGUACAUCGAUAGAGACGUGUAUAACAACAGCGCCUGGACCCAUAGAGCUUUUUAUUUGAAGAACGUCGAUCAUGUUCAAGAGGAAGGAGUAGCAGAGGUGGAAAUUCAAUACUGUAUGGAUAAGAUAUUGUUGGCUCCACAAAACGUAAGCCCCUGGAACCAUCUACGUUUUAUUUAUAAGUCAUUCAAGAAUAACGAAUACGAUUCCAAGUUGAUUAAUUUUGCUUCGUCCUUCAUAGAUAACGCCUUGGAGACAUAUACCGACCAAGAAGAAAGACCAAUCUCCCAUGUUAAGUCUUCUUUCGCAUUGGAGCUCCUAGCUGAUGUAUAUUCUCAAACAGACUCGGAAAAGUCCAAGAUCGCAUAUCAGGCAUUAGCAGACACUUGGGAUCCUAUAAGGAAAAACUACUGGAAUUUAAAAAUCAGACAAUUAACUAUAUAG